AUGCAGAAUGAAAUGCUGGAGAAACUACAUAUUGAACACCAAGGAAUUGUGAAGACGAAAAACCGAGAGAGAGACAUUCUCUUUUGGAACGAUAUGGGAAAAGACAUAGAGAACCUCGUAAGCGCACGUGCAACUUGUGCCAAAUAUCAGGCUGCUAAUCCCAAGGAACCAAUGAUCCCAAGUGAACUUCCAUCAAGACCGUGGUCAAAGAUUGGAAUGGAUCUGUUCAAACUUUGUGGAAACCAUUACUUACUGGUAGUUGACUAUUUAUCAAAGUGGCCAGAACUUGCCAAACUGGAGUCGCUCACCUCGAAGUGCGUGAUCACUCAUGUGAAAAGCAUGAUUUCCAAAUACGGAGUUCCAGAUAUCAUUAUUAGUGAUAAUGGACCACAGUUCGUCAGUUAUGAGUUCAAGGAGUUUGUGAAAUCGUAUUACAUCACACAUACCACAACCAGUCCGACACCAUGCUCAGAGUAA